AUGGUGAAUUACGUUAACCCGCUGGCCAUGUACCAAGGCAAGGGCGGGCAGUACGCGAGUGGCUGGUAUGGCUGGCAGCACCAGAACUUUGAGGAACAACAGUGGUGUGCAUGGAAUGGAGCCCCAAGUGAGUGGCCGACGGACCCACAUCAUUUCAAGCGGGAGCCCGGUGAGAGAGAUAUGGGGGAGAUGCCGUCACCGGCCCGGGGAGACCUGGCAAGCCCAGGAGAAGGUUCCCCCGGUUCCAGACCUUCACAGCCACCGGCCCCACCUCGUUCCCCAUAUGAAUGGAUGAAGAAACCGAGCUACCAGUCACAACCUAACCCAGGCAAGACAAGAACAAAGGACAAAUAUAGAGUGGUAUACAGUGAUCAUCAGCGGUUAGAAUUGGAGAAGGAGUUCCACUACAGCAGAUAUAUCACCAUCAGGCGAAAGGCAGAGUUAGCCGUCAGCCUUGGACUUUCUGAACGACAGGUAAAAAUAUGGUUCCAAAACCGUCGCGCUAAAGAGCGAAAACAAGUCAAGAAACGCGAGGAGGUAGUGAUGAAAGAGAAGGGCGAUCACGCCUCACUCCAACACGCGCAGUUACACCACGCCACAAUGUUGCAUCACCAACAGAUGAUGAACGGCAUGAUGCACCAUCACCACUACCAUCAAGGCGUUCUACAGGGCGUGCCUGAGCCGCUGGUGCCUAGCGUUGCACCCGUCCCCCUGCUGUGA